UCACAAUAUCCUGUGGAUGCAUUCUUUCUUGGACCAUACCUUGAGCAGCAGCACUUGACUUACCAUCAUUUUGUGGACUUAAAUUUAUUAACAGUUUGGGAAUCUAUUCUGAUUGAUUUCCAGUAUCUUCUAAAUCCAAAAACAUGGCUGAAUCCGGGUUCCCUUUGCCACCAGCUUUUUGUCAACUGUGUGCGGACACUCUGAGAGAUCCGGUCACCAUUCCCUGUGGUGACACUUACUGUCUAGAGUGCAUCAAGAUCUACUGGGAUCAGUUUGACCACAUGGGUGUGUACAGCUGCCCACAGUGUCGUUCCACCUUCACUCCGAGACCCGUUCUGAGACGUAACGUGCCAGAUGUACAGCACGAGCCACGGCAAAAGCUUCCAGAGCUCACUCCUUUCCCCUACAUGCACCGGGAAUCCUACUGCGAUUUCUGCGUAGGUCGUCGCAACAAAGCCGUCAAAUCAUGCCUCAUGUGCUUGGCUUACUACUGCGAAACGCACGUCAAGCCUCACUACGAGUCGUCUACCUUCAAGAGGCACAAGCUAGUGGAUGAAACAGGUCACCUGGACAGGAAGAUUUGCCCUCAGCAUGAGAAAGGCCUGGAGCUGUUCUGUCGCUCUGACCAGAUGUGCAUCUGUGUCCUGUGUACUGUCCGAGAGCACCGCAGCCACAACAUUACUUCAGCAGAGGAAGAGCGCAUUGAGAAACAGAAAGUCCUGGUGGUCACCCAGUCUGAGGUCCAGCAUAUCAUCCAGGAGAGGAUGAAGGAACUACAGGAGCUGAAGCAUAAUGUGGACGUUUUAAAAAGUGGCGCCCAGCGAGCACAGGCAGAAAGCGACAAGACCUUCCACGAAAUGCUGCAGGCAGUGGAGCGCUGGAAAGCUGAAAUCAACCAGAUGAUAAUGGCCAACAUGCAAGCGGCGAUGUCACAGGCGGAGGGUUACGUGGAGCGCCUGGAGCAGGAGAUCAUGGAGCUACAGCGACGGGAUGCAGAACUACGACAGAUCCUCGAAACAGAAGACAACAUUCAUUUUCUGCAGAACUUCCCAACCCUGUGUGUUCCUCCUGAAGCCAUGGUGCCCAAAGUGCUCAUCAAUCCUCAGUUCUCCUUUGGAGAGAUGAGCAAAACAGCUACUGAGAUGAAGGAACAUCUGGAUGAUGUCUGUAAAAAGGAACUGAGCCAAAUCUCCAAGACAGUCAGUGAAACUCCAGUGUACAUAUUGUUGCCGAGAAAUGGAGACAAACGAGUCAAAGUUCCUUCCAGAGUAGAUUUUCAGGAGCCCAAAACCAGGACAGACUUCUUGAAAUAUUCCUGCAAGAUGUCAUUCGAUCCAAAUACAGCCUACAAAGAGCUGGUCAUAUCAGACGGGAAUCAGAGGGUCACAAGGAAGAAAUCAGUCCAGUUUUACCAGGAUCAUCCAGAGCGCUUCGAUGGCUUCUCCCAAGUGCUGUGCAAGGAGCCUCUAACUGGUUUCAGAUUUUACUGGGAGGCAGAGUGGGGCGGCGAGUUUUCCAUUGGGGUGGCUUACAAGAGCAUCAGUCGUAAGGGGAAGAACUCGCACAGUCUGCUGGGCUACAAUGACAAGUCGUGGAGUCUCCUCUGCUCGGACUCUGGCUACUCUGCCUGGCACAACAAAGUAGACAGAGACCUUCCUGAUGCACCCAGGGCUACAAGGAUUGGUGUGUACCUGGACUACGCGGGCAACACUUUGGCCUUUUACUCAGUGUCAGAGUCUAUGGAGCUUAUCCACAGAUUCAAAGUCCAGUUCAGUGAGCCUUUGUAUGCUGGUUUUGGCGUGGGCUCCUCAGUCACCCUCUGCCAACUGAAGCAGAGUCCCAUGGCUUAUUGAUUCAAAAGGUCUAUAACUCACAUUGAUGUAGAUAAUGUAGAUAUAGUACUGUAUACAUUGUGAAGUUGCAAUAUCAUAAUAUUUCAGAUAUUUACCAAAUCAUCUAACAGUAAUAGAAAUAAUAAAACUACAAAAACAGUCUGUGUGCUAGACUAACAGACUAUCUUUGGUCCAAAAUCUGUCACAAAUCGAUCACCAGCUAGUCUGUAAAUACAGGCAGGUAGCGAACAGUAUGAUUGUCAUUUUAUAUUAUGUUAAUAUGAAAUUAUAUAUACAUAUUGUUAUAGCUACUUUAAUGAUAAAGCUCUGUCUUACAGUCUUGAAUAUAUGCAGAUAUUUUAAGCUAAGCUUUACAUAUGAACAUUGUGAUCUUCCUAUUUGUGCAUGUUUAACUUGAAAAUGGAACCAUUUGCAGAUGCACUCUGGGCACUUUCAGUGCUCCAGCCGUUUGGUCUAAUGUGGUGAGAAGUUUGCUCUGUCGCAGCUGUAACCACUCAAGGUGAAAAUCAUGGAGUUCACCUGUACAUUACAGCAGCAAAGUCAAAACUUAAACCACUGGAGGUGACCAAAGCAAAACAAUUCACAGGGUGUAAAGUUACUAUUUAAUGUCAUUAUUUCUCUGAUCCUGUACGAUAAUCAACAGUUUAUAGACCUAUGAAUAUUUGCAUAUUGGCUGUUAUUUUCUGGAAUGUUUCACCACUCUGUACAGAUAGAAAAGAGGAUGGAAAAAACCUGUGAUAACAAAGGUCCAUAUAUUUGCUGACGAAAGUGUGAAAAAAUGUGAAUCUGGUAUGGUCUCUUUCAAGCAUGUGAGUAGCACAGUUGGGAGCUGAGUUACAGUUGUAAACACCAAAUUAAUGAGAAUGAUGUUAAAAGCCCUCCUCUUCAUCCUGUUACCACUUUGGUUUUUCCUCCGCCCUUCCCCUGGUCCAGGGAGUUUCAGAGCUCUGAGAAUUGAGAUGCACCAGAAAGCCAUCAAAAUUAAGAAAAACUGAUAUAGAGCUGCUACCACAAAGAAAUACUGCCUUUCAGAACUGAAUGCUCUAAUGACAGUGGAGACCACGUUCACGAUCAGCCAGGACACACAACAGCCAGUCACUCUGUGCUUAAGAGGUUUACACCUGAGGAAAAUAACAGGAUGGAUUGUAGCGAGGUAUUGUUCCAGGCAGCCACAGCUCUGCAGUAGUGGACGAAUAAAAAUGACAAUCGCACUGGAGAACACAUAUAUUCUGUUGAUGACACAGAGCGACAUGUGGUGAUCCAGGAAGUAGAAAACGCCUGACAUACAGAAAAGAAUCUCAGACACAAGCUGGUUGACGAGGAUGAAAGCAGAAGCGAUCUUCUCUUGUUUUUCCCUCAGUAUGUGCCACAGGACAUAGCCAUGGAUGGGGAGACCAAAGAGGAGGUUUGCUGAGUACGCUGCUCCUGUCAGACAAUCCUUCACCGUCUUCAUGGCGUUGUCUUCAGGAGACAUCCACGGUGAAGUCGUGGCUGUACGGUUGAUGGUGCAGACAUUCAUUUUCUUCCUGAUAAUAAAAUACUAAUCAAUCAAUCAAUCAAUGUUUUGCUUUUGGUCACAUUGUAGUUGUGGCUGUACCAAACCUGACUAUAUAUGGGCAAACAAUAAUCAAUAAGUAAUAUAAGCAACAGGUACUGGUAUCGUUAAAAAUUUAAAUUUCUUGCGUGAAUUUAUUGCAUCAGAAUAAUGUGUGACUUGUAGUUCUGCAUGUAAUGAGUAUUCCUCGUCUUAAUCUCCGUGCAUUUUUUCAAUGUAAGAAUCUGAACUAAAUAAACAGUUGUCACCAUUUUCUCUCACAAA